GGUCAGAGCGGCGCCUCAGUUAGCGCGUCGCCUUCAGCACCGCAACUUCGUUAUCAGAGCAUGGUCCGAAAGUCGCUAAACGAUAAUACGCCAUGUGAGAGUGUUGACUGACCAUGAAGUUUGGAAUGCUCGGGGCGCCCCCUCCUCUGGUCCUGGUGCUCCUCUUCUGGGUCCUGUGGGGGGGUGCCUCGCCGCAGGGAAGGGGCACCAAUAGGGGAGUAGAUGGUGAAAGGAAGUAUGGAGAUCGUUGUAACUCUACAGAACAGUGUAGCUUUGAUGGAUCUUUUUGUGACGAGAACAGAUGGAAAUGUUACUGUCGACCUGAGUUACCGGUUACCAACCAAGUGGAUAAAUGUGGAGAAGCUGUUCGAGUGAACGAAUCAUGUUUCUUUACGGAGCAAUGUGAGACGGUCACCCCCCAAACAGAAUGCCGGGAUGGAGUUUGUGUCUGCCGCUUCGAAAAAAUUGCCGUUUUGAAGUCCGACGGCAAGGUGGAAUGCGUAGUUCCACUGCAGACUCCGACUCAUCCAGGGAAGUACGUGGACCCCGCCAUGAUAGGGAUCCUAGUAGCCAUGUUUCUGAUGUUCAUCACAAUUUGCGUCGUUCUUCGACUGUUCAGCAGGGCGAGAUGGCGAGAGAACCGGACCAUCUUCAACACGCCUAAUCCUAGGCUGAUGAACGUGUCCUUACUACGCGAUAAUAAACUCCUGCACGGGGAAAGGAGAGGCUCCAAAAGUAGCAUGAGGGGUCCCAGCCGACAGCCCAGCAUGGCUUCUCUGAGGCCCCAUUCGCCCAACUCACAAGCAAUAACCUGUCAACACUUAGUAAGUCACGGCAUAAUAGGUUCAAGAAGGGGGUCGAGAGGUAGCAGCAAUGCCUCCGCCGUCUCCAACCGUUCCAGCAAGAGUCCCCCCCAAAACCAAACAUCGGUGACCACGCCAAUGCUGGAGAGCAUCCAGGUUGAGAUACAACAACCGAAAUAAACAAUAAGGUUCUAUAAAUCUAGUUAAUAACAUUCAAAAUGAUAUAAUUAUAAUUAACUAUAUUAGGAAACAACUUUCUACAUCUAAUAGAGAUUUCGAAAAAAAAAUUUGAACUCUUAGGAAUGGUACAAAAAUAAUUUUGGACAUGUUGUCGGUGCUAUAAGAGGUAUGGGAACAAGAGGAAUAUUCAUCUUUUUCGUCGACAAAGAGAUCUGCUUGUUGUUUUUCGCCACAAAGGAUCCAGUGAAAAAGAACCAGACGUUUCUCUCAUUAACAGAAAUUGAUGAGUGUUCUGCGUAGAUUAAGCAACUUUUGAACGCCAAGACAAAACGCUUGGUAUUCAUUCCAGAGAGUUCGUUUAUUCUUGCAGUUGAAGAAGAAACCUUCGAUAAGUCACUUAUAAAAUAUUCUACAACGAUUAUACUUGCCCUCAGCUAAUUAUGGUGAUGUUCGGGACCAAAAAUGUUGAUAAUUUUUCGUCCAACCAUCACGUUCUAGUAUGUAGUGCUCUGUUCAUCAAAACUUGUACAUUUUCCUCUAGUUCUUUAAGUGUAUCAUUUCAAUUAUCAUCUUCUAUAGUCGAAGCACAUUUUGAGGUUACCUAAAGUUUAGCACAACUAACCAUAGAAGUUAACGAUCUCUAGAUUAAAAUUUACUUUGAUAGCUUCACUUGAUUUUAACGAAUUCAGUUUGGUGGUAUCAAUAAAGAAAACUAUUGUGAUACAACCAAAUAAAUGCUGUGAUUGAGUGUUUGAGCUUUCUGCGACUGGGGGCGACAGAAAGUAUUGGGAAAACUUUCUGCCGGCUUCAGUUGUUGGCUAACCUAAAAUAUAAUGUAUAUCUAAUGAAGAGUUGAAUCAAUAUGCUCACCCCUUUGUCUUAAACUGUUUUUGAGUCGAAUUUGAAGCGAUAUAACCUGAUGCUUCAUAGAUUUAGUGAAUUUAAACACACAAACAUAUUGAAUUUAUAAGAACUAUUUUCAACCUAGGCGUUGGAUGAUGACACAAAGCAUAGGAUUGCUUGCUUAUAUGAUAUACAUAAAUUUAAUCAUUUUUGAAAUUGGACUGUAUCUAAAACGUCUUACAAUUAGCUUGUAUUCUUUAUACUCUUGUAACUAUUGUAUACCUACUUGAAUUUUCACAAAUUAUGAAUCUGUACUUGCCAAGAAACUUUUAAUAAAAUGCUAUCAAAUAAA